AUGGCUUUAAUUCUGCAAGAUGGAUUAAACCAUUUCUACUUACAUUUUUUGAAAAAAUGCUUAGUACAGACCAGCAAUGUACCCGCCCAGACAAAAUGCAGAAGUAUAUCUGAUCAGACCCCCACUGCCCAGGCCGUCUCAGCAUACACCAAUUACCUGAACAGUGCAAGUCAGAAACACUGUUCAGUACUCCAAUCUUCAUCAGACCACCUAACCACCUUCCAGAACCAGCCCCAAAAGCAACAUCUAUCCAUGAUCAUCGGAGACCAGAGCAGAUCCAGUUCGCAGAACAGGCAGCGAAAACUGAUCCUGACUCACCUUCAUGCGCACAUCAACAUCAUUCCUAAUGUUAUUACUUCCAACCAAGAGGCCGACGUGGUCCAAAGUGCCCAGUUCGGGCUGUUACAGGCCAUGGACUUGGCUCGGGCCUCCUCGAUGCUUCUCGAGUCAGCCCAUGGUUCGAGGGUUCGUGGUGUAGCUUUAGGUGACUGUGUGAAGUUUUAUGAAGAUGCUGAGCCACGGCUCGCACGCCUGGUUUCGAAUGAGACCUUCUUCAGCAGGGAUGAUGCGAUUAUUUUGAGUGCAGCGGUGGCGAGCCAUCGGAGUUGUUUGGAUGGCUUGAAGGAGAAGGGGUGGUCGGUGGAAGCUCAAAAGGGUCAGAACUUGACUCUGUUGCUUAGGGAGGCUUUGGCAUUUUAUGGCACCAAAGAUAAUCCAAGGGGUAAGAGCAAGGGAGCACAGAGGCGACCAAAGUCCAACCCAAAUGGGGCUCUUCUAGCAUCAUGGAAUGCAGCAACCUCCAAGGCUAAUUUUGUAGUAGCUCAAGAUGGUUCUGGCAACUACAAGACCAUAAAUAAGGCAGUUUCAGUAGUUUCUAGAAUGGGUAAUAGUAGGCCAGAGAGAGUGAUUGUAUAUGUGAAAUCUGGGGUUUACAUUGAGAAAGUGGAGAUUGGGAGGGGAAUGAAGAACUUGAUGUUUAUGGGUGAUGGUAUGGGACAGACAGUCAUCACAGGUAACAGAAACGUCCAAGAUGGUGCCAGAACUUUCAGCUCAACCACAUUUGGUAAGGAUGGUUCAUCUCAAAUUCUCAUUUACUUCUCUACUCUUCUUUCUUUGAUUAUUUUGAGUGUAACUAGAGUGGGCAUAACAUUUCAGAACACUGCAGGACCCCAUAAACAUCAGGCAAUGGCAGUUAUGGUGGCUUCUGACCUCUCGGGAAGAGUUGAUCCAAAUGAGAAUACUGGGAUUUCAAAUGUCAACUCUCGGGUCGCACCUGCCCCAGAUUUUGCUUCUGUUAAAGGCGCAAUCAAGAGUUAUUUAGGGCGACCAUGGAAAAAAUACUCGAGGACAAUUUUAUUCAAGACGGAAAUGGAUGGAUUGAUUGAUCCAAAAGGGUGGACUGAAUGGAGUGGCAACUUUGCUCUUUCAACACUAUAUUAUGUAGAAUAUAUGAACUCCGGUACUGGAGCUUCAACCACCCGAAGGGUGAGAUGGCCUGGUUUUCAUGUGUUGAAUGAUCCUCAACAAGCUAGCCCAUUUUUAGUGAGAAAUUUCAUUCAGGGGGAGUCGUGGAUUCCGGCGAUCGGAGUGCCAUUUUGGCUUGACAUUUAG